AUGGUUGGACUAAGGUGUAUACAUGGGUAUUUAAUUAUAUAUUUGUUAUAUAACUACCUGAAAAUUUCAGUAAAUUCCCUUGAUCCAAAUGCAGAUACCGGAGAAGGCACUUCUAAUGGUACUCAUUUGGUCGGGAGUGCUAUUAAAAAUGACCCAGUAUCUCAAUCAACUCCAGCUACUGUAACCGCUGAGGCUACUCCUGUAUCAACUCCCUCUACCACACCUGUAACCCUUGACAUUGAUAAUACUCAGUCUACCAGCGCUUUCGAGUACUCCAAGGAUGGUGUUUUUCACUCAUACGAUCCCAAAUCUGGUCACACUUUCAGUAAGGUUACUCAGGGUCAUAAUGUUAUUUGGGAGUCCAAAAAAAACAUUUCUGGUACUUUCGUCAGGACGAAGUCUGAGAAUAAUGUAAAAUACCUGGUUGUUCUACUCAGUAACAAUAUGUUUAAAUUGUUCCACCAAUCAAAUAAGAAUAAUCCCUGGUCUGAUAUCACUAGUCAGAAACAUGAUGUUACCAAAUUCAAGUUCUAUGGUGAAAAUGAUGCGGAACUAACUCUUUCAGACUAUAAGAUAUCCAUAGUUGAUUACUCCUUUUGUUAUUCAUUCAAAACCGGAGUCAAAUGUAAGAAAGUGUUGCUGGGUCAAGAGGUUGUCUGGAAAUCAGGUGACGAUCGAAAGUUUAAAGAGAUAAAGUCAUUUUCACUAGGUCUUACUUCAAACAGUUUCUUCAUUAUGAACCCGUCUGGUGAAGUAAAGAAGCUAUUUUUCACUGUUACCAUUGACAUCAAUAUAACCCAGACCAAUGAUGAUUUUGACUACUCCAAGAGUUAUGAUUGUCAUAAAUUUGUUCCGAAAGAUGGUUAUUUGUUCAGUAAGGUCACCCAGGGUACCAAUGUUAUAUGGGAAUCGAUAAACAAUGUGUUUGGAACCUUGGUCAGGACAAAAGUAUUAUUUGAUGAUGAGAAAUAUCUAGCCAUACUACUCAGUAACAAUUUGUUUAAACUGUUUUAUCAACCAGAUGGUAAAACCUGGAAUGACAUUACUGAUAAGAGGUUUGAUAUUAAGAAGCUCAAGUUCCUCGGAGACGGUGAUGAUGAGAUUAAUCCUGCAACCAGCUACAUUAUUACCAUCGUAAACUACUCCUACAGAUAUAGGUUCAUUAAUGGAGAAAAAUGUAAAAAGAUCAAGUACGGGAACGAUGUUAUUUGGAACCAUACUGACGAUUUCAAGUUCGAUUCAAUCUCCAUGUUUUAUCUAGGUCUUCUUUCAAACCAGUUCAGUGUGAAGAACGGGUCUAAUGGGUUUAAAACACUUUUCACACAGAUUUCCAAGGUCACCCUUGCCAUCGACAAGACUAGCAGUACUGAUAAACUUUACUAUCACAAGACGGGUGAUUGUCAUAAAUAUUUUUCGAAACCUGGGUAUGCGUUUAGUAAGAUUACCCAGGGAAGUAAUGUUAUCUGGGAGUCAAAAGAUAACAUUUGUGGUACAAAUGUCUCAUUUAUUGAUGAACCCAACAAGAAAUACCUAAUCAUUCUACUUGACAAUGACACAUUUUCACUUUUCCAUCAAUCAAAUGGAACUUGGACUGAUAUUAUCGUUGGAAAAAUUGAUGUUAGUAAACUUAAGUUCUUAGGGGAGAGUGACAGUGAACUCAAUUCUUCUGGUUACACGGUUACCCUAGUUAAACAAUUAUUUUGUUAUUCACUUCAUGAUGGAGUUAAGUGCCUUAAGAUCAAGUAUGCUGACCGAGAUAUUUGGACUAAUACUGACGAUUCUAAGUUUAAGUCGAUAACGAUGUUUCAUUUCGAUGUUAUUUCAAACGAUUUCUUUGUGAGGAACGAGUCGGGUGAGCUUAAUAAGAUAGUUGUCAAGUUCGUUACCCUUGACAUAGACAAGAAGGCAAGUACCGAUGAGUUUGAUUAUUCCAACGACAAUGAGUUUCACCAGUACGUUCCGAAGUCUAGACACUAUUUUACCAAAGUAUCAGAAGGAACGACUGUCGUCUGGGAAUCUAAAGAUAAUUUGGUUGGUACCAAGGUCAGGACUAAGUUUAAAGGUAACGAAAAAUACGUGGCAAUCCUACUCAGUAACAAUUUGUUUAAACUUUUACAACAAUCCAAUGGCAGUUGGACUGACAUCACUGAUAAGAGGCAUGAUAUGACUAAACUCAAGUUCUAUGGUGAGAAUGACAAGGAAAUCACAACUUCGGAUUACAAGGUUGACCUUGUUUCUUUGAUAGCUUACAGAAUCAUCUUUAAGAGCGGAGUUAACUGUAAGAAAAUAAAAUACGGAGAUGAUGAUCUUUGGAAACACACUGACGAUCCUAACUAUUCAACAAUUACGAUUCUUGGUCUAGGUCUUGUUACAAACGAUUUCUUCAUCCAUAACAGUGUAGAUGAGUACAAGAAACUUGAAUUUAAACCUACUACCAAACCUAUUACCCUUGACGUAAAUAAGCCUAGCAGUACUGAUAAGUUUCACUACUCCAAGACUGGCGAUUGUCACAAAUAUGUUACUAGGGCCGGAUAUUCAUUCAACAAGGUAUCUCAAGGAAAUAAUGUUAUCUGGGAAUCAAAAAGUGAUGUUUGUGGUACAAAUGUCUCGUUUAUUGAUGAAAUAAAGAAUAAAUAUAUAGCAAUUCUACUUGACAAUAAUACAUUCUCACUUUUCCACCAAUUUCAUGACACUUGGACUGAUAUCACUGGUGAGAAAUAUGAUGUUAGUAAACUCAAGUUCCUAGGGGAGAGUGGCACUGAGCUUACUUUAUCUGAUUACACGGUUGCCCUAGUUGAAUACUCCCUUAGAUUCACCUUUAACAGUGCAGUCAAGUGUCUCAAGAUUAAAUAUGCCGACGUUGAUAUUUGGCAACAUUCCGAUGAUACCAAGUUUCAGUUAAUAACGCUGUUUCAUCUCGAUCUUAUUUCAAACAGUUUCUUUGUGAAGAACGAGCCCGGUGAAUUUAAGAAACUUAACAAACCCGUUAUCAAGGGCACCCCAGUUACCCUUGACAUCGACAAAAAGGAGAGUACUAUUGAAUUCAACUACUCAAAAAGUGGCAAUUUUCAUAAAUACGUUCCGAAACUUGGGCAUGUGUUCAACGAGGUUGUUCAAGGGACAACCGUUAUUUGGCAAAUCCAAAAUGGUUUGGACUUUGGAGAAAAGAUAUUAUUAGAAGAUUUUGAUAAGGGAAAACGAACAUUGAUUAUGGAUACUAGAUCAGACAAAAAGAUGUUCUGUCGACUCAACGAGGAUCCGUCCUGGAAAGAAGUAGAUGAAAAACCUCAGAAGGCUUUUGAAACCAUUGAAGAUUCAACUGGUCAAGGAAAAACAACUGAACAAGAACAAGAAACACAAUCCGAAGAAACUACUCAUAAAAAAGAAACAACUGAUGAUUCUGCCGCAGAACAACCUAAAGAACAAUUACACGUGCCAACAUCGUAUUCAUAUGUUACUCUAGAUCUUAAUAACAAUUCCAGUACUGGCGAAUUUGAUUAUCAUAAGAAGAACGAAUAUGCUACAUAUACACCUAAAUCCGGAUAUUUGUUUAACAAAGUAAUAAGAUCGGCAUCCUCCGAUUUUAGCAAAGAAGAAGUUUUUUGGAGUGCCCAAGAAGGGUUAGAAAAAUAUGUUAAAAUGGUCAGACUAAAAUUAACCGACAGCCAUACUGCUCUUCUACUUACUACUGGAGAAUUUCUUCUAUUUCACAAGGAUGAUGUUGACCAAGAAUGGAAAGAUAUAACCACUUCAAAACAUAAUUUUUCAGGCUUCAAGUUCUUCACAUUUGAUCCUGAAAGUUACGAGGAAAGAGAACUAGAUCCUGGAAGUUAUAACCUAGAGUUGCAUGAAUUUUCAUAUGGUGUCACAUUCGGUGAUGAAGUUGAAUGUUAUUUAAUUAAACACAACGAUAAACUAAUCUAUAAUUAUGAACAGGAUUUAGAAUUUGAUACCCUUAAAGGUGUUUAUCUCGGUCUUGUCUCCAAUAAGUUCUUUCUUACAAACUUUGAAAAUGAUAACAAAAGACUUGAUUUGAAUAAGGCAGUUUCACCUCCAAAACCAAAACCAGAGAAAACCACUGAGGCAAAUGAUCAAUCUACUUCUACAGCUACUGUUCUACAGGAAUUGCUCGAAGAAGAUUCAGAUGCCUUAAUUCCCGAAGCUAAAUUAACCUCACUAAAUAUAAACGUUUCGGAGAAUACCUCUAACUAUCAAUGUUCCGACAAUGGAAUUUAUAAAACCUUCACUGCACUUCCUGGGCACGGAUUUAACGAUGUUAAAGUUGCCACUAAAACCUUUUGGAAAUCCCACAAUAAUGACUAUGGCAUCAAAGUGAGGCUAAAAGAGUCUUCAACCCAUGAAAAAUAUGUCGUUAUACUUCUUGCUAGCAAAAAAUAUCAGUUGUUCUACUCUUCUGGAAAGAGAAAACCUUUGGUGGAUAUUACCGAUGCUAAGAAUUCUUUUUAUGGUAUAAAAUUGUUCUCUAAAAGUGAGACCACAUCUGUUUAUGAACAGUUAUCUCCUAGUUCGUAUAACGUAUAUUUAUAUCAUCUAUCCCUCGGAUACAGGACGAAAGAAAGUUUAAAAUUUCAUCUAGUUAAACUCGGUAAUGAUGUAAUCUACAAUUGUGAUGACGAUCAAGAAUUUGGUGUUAUGAAAGGAGCAUAUUUGGAUCUUAUAGAAAAUAAUAUAUAUGUUAUUAAUAUGCAUGAUCAAAGAAAGGUGGUAAAAGAAUUGGACAGAGGAAAGACUGUUACCAUAGACCUUAACAAAACUGAAACAACAAGCGAGUACGAGUAUGAAAAGAAAGAUGAUCUUGUUACAUACACUUCAAUAGGCAGUGGUGUAUUUGACAAAUUAAUAAGGUCCUCAAGAUUGGGUUCUGAUGAAAUUAUUUGGAAAGCUAGAGAUAUGAAAGAACAUGCCAAAAAAAUCAUAUUAGAUGGCCAAGGCAAGAGAGGGAAAAUCACCAAUGUAAUUUUACAUCUGGUCAGUGACGAUAUUAAACACUUGGAUUAUUUGGAUGGCAAUUGGAUUGAGACUUCCAACAAAGUUACUCUUAAUCUUGAUUAUACUUCAGGUACAGAUGAGUUUGAAUAUUCUAAGGACGGUGAAUUCACCACAUUCACAACUAAAGGCCUAUAUUUAUUCAACAGUUUGAUUGAAUCAAGUUCAUCUGACUCAUCAGAAAAAAUCGGUAGUAUUAAAGGAUUCCGGUAA